AUGAACAUUAUUACCUCGAGAUUCAUUUGUAUCUUUGCUAUCAUCUUAUCAUUUAGUCAUCAUAUUCAAUAUACAAAAGCUUCAAGCUUAUUUGGUGAAGAGGAACCUAGAACAUCAACUACAUCAAAGCCAAAAUCACAAACGACUACACCUAAGGCACAGGUAUCUGGUGCUACAAUGAAAGGAGCAUAUUACACCGUAAUAGGUUCUGUUCUGAUUGCAACUGCAGUAUGCCGAUAUUCAGUAUAA